AUGGAACGGUUCUUUCAUCACCCCAUCAGAAAUUUCAAGAGUGUGAUCGAUUGGUUGGUGGUCCUAGGAGCCGCUGCUGAAAAGCAGGGGCAGCCAAUCACACUUCCGGGUUGCCCAGACAAGUGCGGCGACAUUAGCCUCCCGUUCCCGUUCGGCCUCGCCGCCAUGCCCGGCUGCUUCCUUGAGGGCUUCGAGGUCUCCUGCAACGACUCCUUCGACCCCCCUCGAGCCUUCCUUGCUUACCCAGGUUUAUCCCAGAGUGUGACCCGCUACUCCUACAUCUACUCGGGGGCGGCGAACAUCACUGGCCGGGUGCGGGACAUGAAUAUCACGGACGCGGUGGCGCCGUUCGAGCUCAUUGGCGUAUCAUCCGCCAAGGGCGAGGUGCAGGUGUACGGCGCUGUAGCAUCCGUCUGCAGCACAAAUGCUGACAACUUUGUCAAAACUAGACAGGCUACAUAUUUGGUAGACACGCUCAGCAUCAACGGGGAGGGGCCGUCGCCGUUCCUCCUGUCGAUGACGCGCAAUGUUCUCGUCGGCAUCGGCUGGGACGUCGAUGCUAUGGUCUCCAGCAGCAUCGGGGGGAAGGUCGGAAACAGCUACUUCCUCACCUGCGAGUCAGACCUCAGGGGCAACCUGCACGACGCCACCAAUGGCUCCUGCUCCCGGCGGGGCUGCUGCCAGGCCUCCUUCCCGGAAGCGGCUCCCCUCGACAGGUUCUCUGUCAACGUGGAUGGGCCCUAUAACAACACCCUGUGGGAGACCAACCCGUGCUCCUAUGCCAUGGUGGUGGAGAGUUCGUGGUACAACUUCUCUACGCCGGACUUGUACGGCGACGAGUUGCAGCGCAAGAUACUGCCAAGGGGCGUGCCGUACGUGCUGGAUUUCGCCAUCCGGAGCGGAUCAUGUCCACCCGAAGGGCAGCCGUCUCCCGUGUGCGCCAGCGCCGACAGCUAUUGUGCCAACGCAACCAGGGGGCCUGGCUUUGUCUGCAAAUGCUUGCCCCACUAUGAGGGUAACCCUUACAUCACCGGUGGAUGCAAAGACAUCGAUGAGUGCGAGCACCCUGAUUUGUAUCCUUGUUCUGGGACAUGCAUAAACAAGCCAGGAGGCUAUGAUUGCCCAUGCCAAAGAGGGGAGAAAGGGGACGGGAAAACAGGAACUUGUGCAGACAAAUUCCCCCUACUACUAACAGUGGUUGUUGGUGCAAUAGGGGGGAUUUCUUUCAUUUCAAUUGUGACACUUAUUCUUCUUCUUCGCAAAGAGAAAAUAAAGAUGAGAGAAUUCUAUGAAAAGAAUGGCGGGCCUACCUUACAGAAGGCAAAAAUCAUAAAACUUUUCAAGAAGGAGGAACUCAAACCAAUUCUAAAGAGUAGAAAUUUUAUUGGAAAAGGUGGCUUUGGUGAAGUUUACAAGGGUAGGCUGCUUGAUAUUGGGCUAGUUGCAGUGAAGAAGCCAAUUAGUGGUAGUGUGUUGGAAAACAAUCAAUUUGCUAAUGAAGUCAUCAUCCAAUCUCAAGUAAUCCACAAGAACAUAGUCAGGCUCAUCGGUUGUUGCCUAGAAGUUGAUAUCCCAAUGCUAGUAUAUGAGUUUCUUUCCAGAGGUAGUCUUGAUGACAUUCUUCAUAAUAACAAUGUUGCACCUCUUGACUUGGAUGUGCGUUUACGCAUUGCUGCUGAGGUAGCAGAUGCUCUAGCUUAUAUGCACUCAAAAGCCCAUGCUAGAAUCUUACAUGGUGAUGUCAAACCAGCAAAUAUACUCUUGGAUGAUGACUUUAUGCCAAAGAUUUCAGAUUUUGGCAUAUCGAGGUUGAUUGUGAGAGAUAGACAACACACAAAUACAGUCAUUGGUGACAGGAGUUAUAUGGAUCCAGAGUACCUACGGUCGGGCCUACUGACUGAAAAAAGUGAUGUCUACAGUUUUGGAGUUGUGAUACUGGAACUUAUUAGUAGGCAACAGGCUACACAUUCAGAUGGUAGUGGAUUAGUAGACAAUUUCCUUGCAGCCCACAAAGAAAAUAGAGUUGCUGCGUUGUUUGAUAACGCAUUUACAAGGCCGAGAGAUUUGGAGCUUCUUGGCAAUCUUGCAGGGAUCGCUAUACAAUGUCUUGAAGAUGAUGUGAAUCAAAGGCCAUCAAUGGUAGAGGUAGCUGAGCGCAUUCUCGCAAUUUAUCAAUCUCAUAUCACGUUAAUUUAA